AUGCUUGAAAUUAAUGAAGAAUAUACGAUUCCAACUGGUUGGAUAGGACAUGCUGUUUGUGUUUCUUUUAAACGCGUUAAUGAAACACAUAUUAUUAUUCGAAUUGAUAAUCCUAGUCCUGAUUAUCCACAAGACAUGCACGAAAUCGAAUAUUCUAUCAAUGGUUAUAAGCGAAUUAAACCAAAAGUACUUGGUAAAUUGCAUGUGAACAAGUUAGAUGAGAAUUUGGAUAAUUAUUUCGUUUUACUAAUUGAUAGUGUCAAACGAGAUUUAACAUUAGAUGAAGGUAGAUCAUUGAUCUAUAAUCGCAAUGGUAAAAUUCGUCAUCUUGAGGAAGUAGAAAUUAAUAACUUGCCUAAUUUUGACGAACAAGCAAAUGCCAAUUGUUUUGUUAAAUGCUUUGAACCCGGUAUUCGGAUACGCCUAGGUGAAAUGCAUCAACAAUUUUACAAUGAAUUACUAUUAUGGGAGCAAAACAAUGCAAAUGCACUUGCGAUGCGCUGUAAAACGGAACGACAGCGUUCAAUCAACAACCGAUUCGAUCAGUUUACUUUGUUAGCUCAACAUCCACCAAUUGCACAGGAAAUGUCUCUCAAAAAUAUACUGAAAACAAGCUACAAACAACAUUAUCAAUAUCUCACGAGUAACAUCAACAUAGAAACUCCUCUUCCUUUCAACGAAAAAUAUGUUCCUUCACGAUUCAAACAUAACAAUACAAUAAUAAAACUUAAAGAUAUCUUGAUCAAGCCUCACGUUCUAAUGCUUGGUGAUGCUGGCUGUGGAAAGACAACAGCCUGUCAAUAUAUAACAUAUGCGUGGGCUGCUGGGAAAUUAUGGGAAGAUGAAUUCGAUUGGUUGUUCUAUAUUAAAUUGCAAAACUUAAAUUCAGAGUUCUAUCCUUCACAGUCCAAUAACUAUUCUGUAAUCGAUAUUAUUGAAAGAGAAUGUUUUCAAACAUAUAAACUUUCUCCUUUAGAGAAACAAGAAUUAAAACAUUUGUUUGAAAAUUCAUCAAAGAUUCUUUGGAUUCUUGAUGGAUACGAUGAACAAGUGGUUCCAAGUUAUUUACUUCCAAUUAAACAAGAAUUAUUAGAUAAACGAUGUCUACUUCUAACAUCUCGUCCAUAUGCAACGGAUGAUCUUCGAUAUGAUACUCAAAUUCAGAUUGAAAAUUUUACAGAUGAAGAUAUUUCAAAAUAUAUAAAAAUGUAUUUUUCGUAUACAAUUCCAACUGUAGGCAGUGAAUGUUGGUCAUUUAUUCGUUAUUCUAUUCGUAAUUAUGACCAUUUGCGAGAACUAGCACAUAUUCCUGCAUGUCUUGAAAUAAUGUGUGCUGAAAAAGAUAUCUAUCCGGAACCCAAUGCCAUGGCUUUUCUCCACUUAGAACAAUUGGCAUUUCACGCUACAAAAUUCGACCGACUCACAAUUAGUGGCCGUGAAAUACCCAGUAUUGCAGGUUUUCUAUCUCUCUCCGUACUUCGAAUUGGUUUACUUGUGCCAGAAAGACAAAAAUCUUCUUCUUUACACGAUGAAAGUUUUUACUAUUUUAUUCAUCGUAGUUUUCAGGAAUAUCUUUGUGCUCGUUAUAUGUUUAAAAUAUGGAAAUCAUCAAUUUCAAAUGAACAAAUGAUGGAAGUACGUCAGUUUAUUACUCAUGAAAAAUAUAAUCGUCGUAUUCAAGAGACAUUUCGUUUAUUUUUUGAGUUGAAACUGUCUACUUUAUGUAUCGAUCAUUUUUGGUCAGCUGUCGAUAGUGAACCACGUGAUUUCGUUGGUCUUAGACAUUAUUCUCGCAUUGCUCAUUGGUUUCCUAGCGGAAUCUGUGAAUCUUCUCCAGAGAAUCAGGAGAAGAUUUAUCAGAGGGUAAACAAAGCCAUACUGGCACGGAUAUGCAAUAGAAAUCGUCAUCCUCAUGAUGUUGCCAAUACAUAUUUAUUCGAGACAUUUGCUAAUGUAACAGGAGAUCAAUGUUGGAUAGAAGCAUGGAAGGAAGAUCUUUACAUAGAAGAUCCAUCUAAACGACGCUAUUUUUUAUCUGGUUUAUGGUCGGAAGAGAAUAUCAAAGUUCUUAAAGAAAACUAUGAUAAUAUUUCUAAAGAUUCCCAGGUCAAAAAAUCUGACGUCAGAUCGUGACACAUCUUGUCAGAUCUUGCACAUACAAGAUUGUUUAUAUGAUCUUAUUACAGGAUCCGACAAGAUCGUAUACGUUGACUUUUUGAAAGAUUUGAUCAGAUUCUGAUUGAAAGAUGCCAGCAGAAAUCUUGCAACAAUCAUAUCGUACGAAACGUAUAAGAACAGGUAUUAUGACACGGACCUGGUCAGACACGAUCAUAUAAGUUCUGUCAUCAAGAAAAUAGUUAUAAUUCAAAGACUAUGAAUCAAAGAUGAUCAUACAAGAUCGCAUAUGAAUUUUCGUCUGAACUCGCACGUCUAUUGAUUUUGCUUAAACUACUCGAGAAGUUAGAAUUCCUAAGAGUAUUUGUUUUUUUUCUACAGCAGCGUGUAUUUAAUCUACCAUACAACGACAUGUAUAUGUCAUGGACAAAAUUAAAAUUUAGUCAAAUUUGAAAUUUGCCUUGUCAAAAAGUCAGGCAAAUUUCAAAUUUGACCGAACUUUAAUUUUCCCUAUAACAUAUACAUAUAAACAAGAGAAAAAGUCAAAAUUUCAGUGUUGCAUGGCUAUAACAAGAAUUACAUAAGUUAAAAAUUCUUUUGUUUCUUGUCUCUUUAAAUAGUAACAGUUGUGAUUAGUAGCAGUAUACAACUCGUCAAAACCUAUUCGAUCUAGAGUAUGAGGCAAUGAACGAAAGUUGUUCUGUAGACUUUUCUAACGUGUUAUGAGCCUUUACAUUCGUUUUAAAAACUUGAUUAGAAAGGUAUAUCUUUUGCAACAGACCAAUUGCUUUUACCAAGUGUGAAGAAUAACUCUAUCUGGAAACAUCCAUUAGAAUAGUUUAUCCAGUCGAAAUAGUU